GGAGAGUCCGAUUCGAGGGUGAAGAACGGCAGGCGCGCGGCGAGUCGCACAGUCGAGCGUGAGACCUGGGCCGGAGUGGGCCGUGCGCGCGCGCGCUUUCGCUCUUCUCCGCCUUCCGCACUGCCGAUCGCGUCGUUUCGCUUAGAAUCCACCAUCUCCUCCUCCACCUCCUCCCUCUCCGUCAUCGCGCGCGCCUACCGGAGAGGAGAGGAGAGCCGCGAGUAAUCGUCGUCGGCAAGGAAUCGGAGAGAAAUCGCGAGCUAACGCCCGCGCCCGCGCCCGCGCGCGCGCGCGAGCGCGCGUUUUCCUUUCCCGGGAAAAUCGCCGACGAAAAGCCGAGCCGCCGAUCGGAUUCGAGCGGCAGGCAACAACGGCGCUCGCAGUUGCGCGCGAGACGCCAUCGAGGUGACUUCGUCGCGAGAUAACGCUCUCCCGCGUUCGAAGGGAGGACUCGGAUUCUUAGAUUAUAUACUAUCGUGUUUACCGAGUGGGACAGACACACUCGCCGCCCGUUCGGCUCGCGGCGAAUCGUAAAACGCUACGAUUAAAGCGGGCGAGCGUGUUAGCCACACCGGUGACGCACGGCCCGGCGAUUUAACCUCUCCGGGAAACCUGUUCGGGACGACUCGCCGUACGACGUGCGGCGGCGGCGGCGACGACGACGACUUCGUGGAAGCGGUGACGCAAUCUCUCGCUCCUGCCGCGGAGAGGAAGAAGGAAAAGUCCGCGACGGUGAUGACGGUGUAGGCCAGAGAAACGCGAACGGCGCGCUGUUGUUUCUAACGAGUCGCGAGCUUCACCUUGCGCCAACUUCACCUCGUCUCUCUCUCUUUCCCCUCCCCCUCUUCUCCCUUCGCACCCGCACCGGUUCGUCCCUACCGACGCGCGUGUGCGCGGCGCGAUAUCGCGCGAGCGGACGUACAGGUUCCUCGUAAUACGAUGGUGUGCGUGAGAACGCGCGCGCGGAUCGGUGGCAGCCUGUAGCUCCUUGUCCGUGGCAAGCUGGUGGUGGUAUUCGGUGCGCGAGGAAGAAAAAGAAGAGGAAGAAGAAGACGACGACGAAGACGAAGUUGAGGGAAAGGAAGGGAGAGGUGAUCCGUUUUCUCAACGUCGACCGUCUGAAAACCGACGAUGCUGCCCCUCGGGAGAUCGUCAUGGCGAUGGGCCAUCAGUGAUACAGGCAUGAGCAUCCUUCUCUUGAAUUGCUUUCUGUUGCUGAGUGUUGUCGUGGCCUCGGAUGUCCUGGUGUUGGGCUCGUCGAGCUCCACACAUCUCAACCGGGACUACAUGAAGAAAUGUAUCUACAGUAAGAGCCACUCGUUGAUGAAAGUCGACUGUAAGAAUCUGGAACUACAUGAUAUCCCGAGGCAUCUGCAAAAGGACAUUCAGGUGCUGGAGGCAUCUGGGAAUCGAUUGAGGGAGUUGACGAAUAACAGUUUAGCGCGUUAUACGAGUUUAAGCAUAAUCUCUUUGAGCGACAAUUUCAUUCAGAAUAUAGAGGAAGGAGCCUUCGCUAAUCAGCAUUACCUGGAGCUGCUGGAUCUUAAAGAAAACGGUUGCGAUACUCUACCGAAGAGCAUUUUUCAGCUGCCGAAUCUUCGCUUGCUCUACCUCGAUCACAACAAACUCACUGACUCGGUGUUCAAGGUGGAAGUCACCUCGCCCCUUCAGUUGCUACAAUUGAACAGGAACAAGCUCACCAAGAUCCCAUAUAUCGGCAUCCAGCCGAACCUUAUCACUCUCAAUGUGUCCGAGAAUCUGAUCACCUCGAUCAAUACCGAGGACUUAGCACCGUUCUGCUCGCUGAAGUUACUCGAUCUCUCCCGAAACAUGAUCAAGUUCAACAGCUUCGACUGCGAAUGCCAGACACUGAAUGCUUGGGUGAAGUUACGAGAGAUCAACAUGAAACCCGCCGCAUUCUUCAAUUGCACCAGGUCAUCGAUAAUAAACGAGGAUUGCACCAACAUACAAUUCACCAAUCGAACGUACGAACUGUACAACGAGUGCGCGACCAUUAUACAGCAGAAGAUAGAGACCGAGAAGGCCCGCUCGGCCUGGAUACUGGUCGUCUCGUGCGUCUCGGUGUUCCUCUUCGUCAUCUUCGUAGUGCUGUUCUGCGUGCACAAGCGGAAUCGCAGGCGGCGCAGGAAGCAGAAGGAACAACAACAGCUGACGGCGAACAACGCCAACACCGAGCUACUGAAUAGCAAUCUGACGACCGGCAAUUCGUGAAAUAAUCGCCGAAAACGUCGUACAACAAAUAGAAAUUGCGGAGGAUCCGAGAGUAAAACUUUAUACGAGCUACAAGGGGACGUGAAGAAAGUUAAGGAGUUAUCAACUUUGAAGUAAAAUUAACGCAAUGUUCAAAAUAUCUGAGAGAUCUGUUGGUAUUUAUUAGAGUUUAAUCGAUGGAUUCAGAGAGAGAAUUUAAUCGGAUAUAUCGACAGAUACGUGCCUAACAGUUUGUAUCUGAUCAUUAAUAUCACGUUUCACACUUUCGCAUGUUUAGUACAUAAAUGUGAGAUUAUAGCUCGAAUGCUCCUUGGCGCGACUGCCAUUUUUUCAAAGAUAUUACAAGUUUACAGAAGAAAUGAGUACGUAGCCUCUUAAAGCACAAACGAUAUAAUAUAAAAGCGUUAUACCAUCCAAGGCAUCGAGCGAAAUAGAUACUUAGAUUAUUAAAGACUCCGGAAACAAGCACAGCCAUCGAAAGUAACGGAGAGGAUAACUUCGCGAAGACCAUGCUUACACAAGAUAUAAACGCGUUAACUUAUAAAAUGUGUAAAUGUUCUAUAUUGUGUUCACGUAUAUACAACGGUUACGAUAUAUAUAAAAAAAAAAUAUAUAUAUAUAUAUACGAUCUAUGUGAAUGUGAUGGAUUUUCAAGGACUCUGCGUGUUUUGAACGAAUUAUUGUAUCGUCUCGCUAUACUCUUUGCGAUAGGAACUACCGAUUUUGAUUUCGAUUGAACAAAUCUCGGAAGCCGAUCGCGUUCAUUAUCGUGCUUUUGUCUAUGUAAUAGCAAUGUGAGGGUACAUUUAUUGCACGAUUUAUGGUACUUAAAGGAGAGUUUUCUUUCCAAAGAAUAUUACGACGUUAAAGUGAAUCCCCCAAGUGUCAAUGAUGUUGAUUUUACUUUCUGUCAGAACUUCUGUCUUUUCUCACAUUCAUCUCACUCAUUUUUAUUUAUUCUUAUAUGUAUGUAAGCUAGAAGUAAGAUUUUAUGUGUAUUUAGUUAUAUAACAUCGGUAGUAGCGUAACAAAGUCUAUACAUCUUAUUUUUUUAAAACUUAUAAUUUUUCCUUCCGUUUCUCUGUAACAUUUCCAUUAUGUGGAUAUAUAAGUAUGUGACUGUAAAUUGUUAUAUACAAUUUAAAAGAUAAAGUUAAGUUAUACAUAUACAUAUAUAAAAUGAUACAAAGAGCCGUAAUCCAUUUUCAGAAUGUAAAAGAUAGAUUACAAUGCGAAAUGUCGCUCUUAGUUCCUAAUAUUUAUUUCAUACGGGUGCAGAGAAUCGUUUUUGAUUUCAUCAUACUAUCGUAAGGCGAAUAGAAUAACCGUACCAUCGAAAUAAUAAUACGUAUAAUACGUUAUACGUGACGUGCGCGUUACGAUAUGUCAAAGAACAACUUUUAUACUAAUUUUCACGUUACCUUUUAAUAAAUACGAAGAACCUUUGUAUAUGUACUGUAUGUACAGAAAUAUUAAUAAAACUCUAAUAAAUUAUCUUCGCG